CGCCGGGGCGGGGUCCGCUCCCCUCCGCUCCCCGCCGGGCUCGCACCUGCCCGCGCUCACGGUGCCGCUUCCGUUGUACCUUGAAGCGGCCGGGGGGCCCGCAGGGGGGCUGGGACCGGAGGGGGGGCAGAGGGGAGCGGGAAGGGGUGGGAGGGGGCACGCGUGGAAAUCCCCGCGGCGAUCGCAGCGCGGGGCCGGGCCGCAUCCGGACUGCCCCGGGGGGUGCGGGGGGGGAAGGAAGGGCAGUUUGUUCCCCUCCCCCCAGUGAACCGCGUGGUUCUGCGCUGCGGGGAGCCCCGACCCCUCCCUGUUCCCCGACGUGACACCGAGGCGGGGCGGGACCGGCCCCGAAGGCUCGGUUGAGGCGGGUUAUCGCCCGGUUCGCCCCCGUCCCGCAGCGCGGGCACGCUGUAGCCCGGCGUCACCGCAGCAGCCCCGCGCCCAGCGACUCCACGCAAAACGGGGCGCUGCGCCUUUAAAAACAAAAUGGCCGCCGCCACUCGCGAAUCUCCCCAAUCCUCUGUCGGAACGCCGCGCCGCCACUUCCGGGGGCGGGGCGUGGGGGCCGGAAGUGUAUCGCGCACGCAAGAUGGCGACUCCCUAUGUGACUGAUGAGACCGGGAAGUACAUCGCCUCUACGCAGCGCCCUGACGGCACCUGGCGGAAGCAGCGGCGCGUGAAGGAGGGCUACGUGCCACAGGAGGAGGUGCCGGUGUAUGAGAACAAAUACGUGAAGUUCUUCAAAAGCAAGCCUGAGCUGCCCCCGGGGCUGAGCCUGGAGCCCAACGCCCAGCCCAGCAAGCAGCCCAGCAAAGCGGAGGGCGGGGAGACUGGACUGUCCAAAACAGCAAAAAGGAACUUGAAACGCAAGGAGAAGAGGAAGCAGCAGCAGGAGAAAGGAGAGAGGGAAACAGACGAACUGAUCCAAUCGCUGGAGAAGGUCUCCUUGUCGGGGGGCAGCGGCGGGGACACGAGAGCGGCCGCACCGCAGCCGGCCUGCAGCACCCAGAGCUCUGCUGACGGGGAAGCUGCAGCCUCAGAGAAAAGCAAGAAGAUCAAGAACCUGAAGAAGAAGCUGCGGCAGGUGGAGGAGCUGCAGCAGCGGCUCGACUCUGGGGAAAUAAAGCAGCCGACCAAGGAGCAGCUGGAGAAGCUGGGCCGGAGGAAAGCCCUGGAGGAGGAGCUGCAGGACCUGGAGCUGGACUUGUGAGGGGUGGGCUGUUGUGGGGCGCGUGGGGCUGGCGUCCCCAGCGCAGGCUGUCUGGACUGAGCGCUGGCCCCUCUUCCCCGGGGUUUUAUUUUGGGUGGGUGCCGUCGUUUUUCUUUUUCCACAACAGUUGUUUUUUUGUUUGUUUGUUUGUUUUUUUCCCAGCUAUCGGUGUUAGAAAGUCGGCAACUCUCAGAUACCUCUCUCCUUUUUAAAGUUUAUUUGGGGGAGCCGGGCGGGCAGGGCUGGUGCUGCGGGUGAGGCAGGGGCAGCAGCCUUCCUUGACUUCUUCCCCAGCCCCUCGCAUUCUGUGUUACGGCCUGUCGUCCUCUUCCUUUUAUUUUUAAAAAUGCAAUAAUAAAAUUGCAGUAGUGACCCCGUGGCAUGAGCUCAGCUCUGCCUUUCCCUGCUGAGGACAGUGCUGGGAUCCUCCCACAGUUCCCAACCCCCUCAGCCCGCCCAGCUGCAGCCAUGCCAACACCAGUGUCACUGUUGGGGCCGUGUGCGGGACACAGCUGCCUUUGUCCCAUGAGGCAGUGCUGGAGUGUUGGCCCCCUCUUGUGCCCCAUUUUCUGGGUGGCCCCAUGCUCUGGCUUGGCACCAGCCCACGUCCUGCAGCCCAUCGGGAGGAACAGCGUAUGGAACAGUGCUUGUUCUGCCCCAACUCUGCACUGGGCUCUGCUGGGGGAUGGGGCCAUGUUUGGGUUUUCAUCCUGCGUGGGGCUGAGCAGGGAGUGCUGUUGGUUGGUCCCGGGAUUGAGGAGGUGGUGGAUCCUGCGUGGGGAUGGAGCUUGGCAGUUUGAGAUGGGAGUGAUUAUGUCCAUGAGGGGACUGGGGGAUUCUGGGGGGUUGCUGGAGCGUGAAGGAGGAGGUGUGGGGGGUCUAGGGAGCUCAGGGGUCAUAGAUGGGGUUGUUGGUGGUUUGGGGGAUGCAGGAACGGUGGUCAGUGGAGCUGGGGCCUCGUGGCAGCAGGAAUGGAGGUAUAAUGGGUUUGGGAGUCAGAGUGAGGAGCUAGGGGCAGCUGGAGGCGUUCAGAACAUUAUAGCUCAGGUACUGAGCCAGCAGUGCGUGCACAGCAUUUGGGUAGGUCCUACAAAAAUAACUCUGGGGUGUUAUUUUCUAUGAAGUCUUUUCUUGCACUGGAGGGAGAGUGGAGCUGAACCUCUCUGGAGCUGACAGGGAGCAGGGGUUGCAGUGGAUGUGGACCUGGCUGUGGGGCAGGAGCCCCCAUUUACCCCAUGAGGAUCCCCUGUUAUUUGCCUACUUAAAAGGGCAGGCAUGGUGGGGGGACAGCAACCCAAGGCACAGCAGGUGUGGGGCACAGGGGCCUCUCAGAGGUGGCCUCGAGGCACUGGGGUGACGAAGGACACAGCGGAGCCAUGGCCAUCGCUGGGGGUCCCAGCAGGGUCUGGGGGGG